CUCUAUUGAGCUUGACUUUCUGGUUAUUUUUGGGGGAGUAUAUAUUUAUUUUUCAUUAAUGCUUUCUCUGUUUUGGUUUUGUUUAUGUAUCUGGGUUUUGUAUUUGGUAUGUAUGGUUCAUUGUUUGUACUUUUCUGUUGGGAUUGUUGUUGGACUGUGUCUUUCUUGAUUGUAAUUCCCACCUUACUUUUGUCUUCUUUCUACUUAUGUCCACUCCUAUGUCCCCCAUGUUCAAUUUUUUUAAGUUUCUAUUGCUUAGGCUUUCUUGUGUGGUAUUGAUUUUUUUAUAUUAUUAUAGUUAUUGAUAAGGUGUGGAAAUUGAAAUUCUGUUUUGUGUAUUUUUCAAUCCAGCUCCUUUUUUCUGACGUUUAUGCUGAAGACUGGAUAAAAAUCCCAGGAAGUUGUUUAAGGAUUAACUUAGAAAUAAUCUUUUGGAUAAUUUUGGAGGGUGCAUAUGGCGAUGCAAACUGCUAAUCUCAUAGAACAUGAAGGGAUUGCGCACAAUUUUGUUGGGCAGUUGUCAUCUGCAACUUCAGCACCAUGGUGGAGUGCUUUUGGAUCUCAAGCUGUUUAUGGUGAGUCUUGUGGCCAAAUGAAACCCUUUUCGUUGGAGCCGCCUAUCUCGGUAGACCAACUUGCUGCCGGUAAGCAAUCGGCUAGAGGAGCUGAACAAGUGUUGGCCAAAGGACACACAACUCAGUUUACCAUCUUCCCAGAUGAUUGUAAAGUGUUAGGUAAUGCACAGAAGCCUCAGACAACCAUAUCACUGCAGUCAUCACCUACUGAUACCCACUCUCGUUUUGAGCUAGGAUUUAGUCAGCCUAUGAUCUGUGCUAAGUAUCCUUACACGGAUCAAUUUUAUGGGCUCUUCUCAACUUAUGGACCUCAAAUUUCGGGACGUAUAAUGCUGCCACUUAACCUGACAACCGAUGAAGGACCAAUUUACGUUAAUGCUAAGCAGUACCAUGGAAUCAUUAGGCGUCGGCAGUCUCGUGCCAAAGCUGUGCUUGAUCGCAAAAUGACUAAACGUCGUAAGCCCUAUUUGCAUGAGUCCCGCCAUCUCCAUGCACUGCGACGACCAAGAGGAUGUGGUGGUCGUUUCUUGAACACAAAGGUUUCUGCUAAUGGAAAUGGCAAAACUGGAAGGGACGUGAAGAAAACUGGUGGUGAACAGCUACAGUCCAGUGGUUCUCAGGGUUCUGAUGUCUUUCAAUCUGAGGUUGGAACUUUAAACUCUUCGAAAGAGACUAAUGGGAGCAGUCCAAAUGUUUCUGGUUUAGAGGUGACUAGCAUGUAUUCAAGGGGAGGUUUUGACACCUUUUCUUUCAACCAUCUUGGAUCUUCUGUCUACCCUCUGGCAGACAUGGUCGAUUGUGGGCGUGGCAUCAUGCCCACAAAAUGGGUUGCAGCGGGAGGUAACAGCUGCAACCUUAACACUUGAUCGGCAAAGAAUCAAGUGCAGGCUUGGCGCAAUGUUGUACCAAACCCUGUCCUUGAUGAGGCCAGAUAGCAGUGGGCUUGUCUCCGCAUCUGGUCUUAAGGCAAUCCAUCCUUGGCUCAUUCUUUGGCAGUUCAUCCUUGGCUCAUUGUACUAUAGGUAUCAUCUGUCUUACUGUUCAGGAAUGUCUCAGUAUGAUAUCCUGAUACAGAAGGCAAUUGUGUGUCUGUCUUUGUGUGAAAAUAAAAAAGCACAGACAUUCUAGUUAUGUGUGCUUUCAUUAACGCCUGAAUCUGGUGUUUUGUUCUGUAUUUCUGACUUUGUGGAUCAAUGUAACAUAGAAGUUUGGUA